AUGUGGUUCGACUUUCUGAAUACAGGCGACAGCGAAGGACAACCACGCGACGAAGUAGCUCAUUAUGGUCGACUCCAGGACUGGGUGAAUGCCAUCGCUUCCACGACAAGCCUGUCAGAGGUUGAUGCCCAGCGCGUGGGCAUCUGGGGAACAAGUCUGGGAGGCCGAGAUGUUCUGGUUGUGGCGGGCAUAGAACGGCGACUCAAGGCAGUGGUGUCCCAAACACCCCUCAUCCGGUGGACUGCUGCAGCAGGUGCUCGCAUGGCUGGUUACGGCGAUGACAUGCGGCGAUAUCAGCAAGACCUAGCUGCCGACCGCGAGAGCCGGGCAUUGGGAAAAGAGCCGGCCUACGUCACCUUCCUGGGUAAUUACCAUGGCCAAAUCACGCUGCAGAGCUACCAACCGACAGCCCUAGUCGAUGUGACACCGCUGAUGGAGUUGAUUUCUCCCACUCCUCUACUAUUUAUCCUCGCGGAAGAAGAUUAUCUGCCUGGGCAACGAGACGCGUUCGCCGCCGCCAACGAGCCAAAGUCGAUGGUGACCAUUUCGGGCAACCAUUUCUCCCCCUACACGAUAUCGAAACAAAACGCUAUCGAAGCAACCAGAGAGUAG